AUGAUUUCAGCGUCUUUCAUAUUCCUUGUAGUGCUCACAUACAGUCAAACUGCCUAUUCAAAUGUCGAGAAGGUCAUAUUCACAUCCUCUCUGGCCGAGCCAUACCCGACGGACGCCAGUUUCGCCAAUCUCCUCCUGGUACCCCUCUCCGAAGAACGCCCAACGGUUAGAACUGAGCUCGAUGUAAGCUUUCCAAACAGUUCGGCCCGAGAUGGACAGGUGCACUGGUUCUUCUUGGAAGGCCUUCGGCCGCAACAGCGUUACGAAGUUCGCAUAUGCUGGCCGGCCACCCAACCGACAGCGUUCUCACUUGCGACCUUCCCAGUAGACGCCGUGCUUUCGGACAGUAGCCUCCUCUUAUCAGUGAGCGAUUACGCCUAUGGGCGGCAUGAAAAGCUCAGCGCCGGAGACAUGGAGUCACUGCAACAGCGCAAGACGGCUGUUCGUCCAGACACGACGAUUCUGUUUCUUCAGAUUCUUGCCGCUGCGGACUAUUUCAGUCUGAAUGAUACAUUGAUGACGGCACCACCACCAGUGAUCGUCGACAUUAUUUUGGACCGAUACAUCUGGAACGUCUUCCCUGAGUCUCUUAUACCGACAGCUCUGUACCUGGUUUUGAUAGCAGCCUUUGCAUGGCUUUUCUCGGGAUGGAUGGCCAAAGCUUGCACCGCUCCCUUCAUUCAGCUUUCUGCGGCGAAGAAAUCUGAAUAG